CAUCGCCAUGAUUACUAGAGAGAGAGAGAGAGAGAGAGAGAGAGCGAAGUGAGAGAGAGAGUUGGGGGAAUCGUAUAUAAAUACAAAAGAGGAAGAGGGAGAGGCAAAACGGAAAGCUAUAAUGAGUGCGAUAAUGCUUCUUCAAAAGGAGGCAGCGACUCCGAGAGCGACUUAGUUCUACCAGAUUCUACCCGUAACUCAAAAAUUUUACAAAAAUAUCCACAGCCCCUAUCUCUUUCCCUUCUCUUCCAGAACCCAAGAAUCUAUCUCAAUACUUAAAUCGAAACUCAGAUUUAUUGCUUUUUUGGGACAUAAUCAAAAGUCUAUUAUUUUUCGGGUGCAGCAGGACGGAGCAAACGAUGCGCAGCAUGAGCAGCUCCAAUUCCACUCGAGGCAUCGCAGCCAUUGUAGGCGUUGGCCCAAAGCUCGGCCGAUCCAUAGCCCGCAAGUUCGCCCACGAAGGCUACACCGUCGCCAUCCUUGCCCGUGACUUGGGGAGAUUGUCGAGAUUUGCGGAUGAAAUAGCGAGGGAAGAGAAAGCUCAGGUAUUCGCAAUAAGAAUCGACUGCUCUGACUCAAGGAGUGUAAGAGAGGCAUUUGAAGGGGUUCUGUCGCUGGGAUUUGUCGAGGUUUUGGUGUACAAUGCGUACCAGCCCAUGUGUUGGAACCCAACCAACUUCACCGACAUUCGCCUCGACUCCUUCGAGAAAUCCCUUGCCGUAUCCUCUGUGGGUGCCUUCCACUGCGCUCAGCAGGUUCUUCCAAGCAUGGUUGAAAGAGGAAGGGGGACGAUUUUGUUCACUGGCUGUUCAGCUUCUGUAAGCGGCAUUGCUGGAUACUCCGAACUAUGUUGUGGGAAAUUCGCGUUGAGAGCACUGUCUCAAUGCUUGGCAAGGGAGUUCCAACCAAUGGGUGUGCACGUCGCUCAUGUCAUCAUUGACGGUGUUAUUGGCCCACCUAGGGGGGCAUCGAGUUCCGAGAGGAAGUCGGUUGGGGAACAAGGAGUGGACGGGUCCAUGGACCCAGACGCGCUGGCUCAAACCUACUGGCACUUGCACGUUCAGGACCGGACCGCUUGGACCCAAGAGAUCGACCUCCGUCCUUCUACCCCCAGAUUCUUUUAACUUCUUCAAAUCCCGAUUUUCUAACCUGCUUAUAUCAAAUCUUUCUCAUCACCCACAUCACCAUCAUGUGCAUUUAAAUGCACACAUGAUCAUCAUCUUCUUCUUCACCAUCAUCUUCAUUAUCCUUACUUACCUUCUAUUCCCAUACCUCCCCGAGUCUCUAUAUAGUUGAUACAAUCUACGAUCUUGCAUUUCCUAUAUAUCAUUUAUUUUUUACCCCCCUUAAUACGGCACCGUUUUUUGGGCCCCAAUACCUAUUUGCUAUGGCCGGCUAAACCCACUUGCUGUAGAACCACUUGGAGGAUCCCUCCAAGGCUCCCAACUUACAGAGAAGUGUACCGGCUAAGAUCCCACUCUCUUUCCCAAGUGGUCACGGUCGGGCCAUUUAUAGGCUAUAUUAAGGAAGAAAAAAAAAAAAAAAAAAAAACACUUGGAUAAGCACGGUGCGAGGGAGGUAGCAUCACAUGCUGCGAGGUUGCAUAUUUACUAUGCCGUACCUCUUCCAUUCCACAGAGAAACGAAGAGGGAGUGAGAGACCGAAGCAUCUAGCUUUUUCUUUUAGUUCAUUCUAUUGGUUUGUUUGGAUUGGAUAGUUUGGUCUAUAUAUUAUAUGAUUAUUAAAUGGAUAUUAUUAUUUGA